CCUCCAACUUCCUGCUUUUGGGCUGGGGGUUUGCUUGGAGGAGAGCGGCAGGACUGAGGCUGGAGCCGGACGGGGGCAUGCCUGGAAAGAAAGAAUCUGAGUCUUGAACACUGUAAUUCAUUUCUACAGUUUGUUGUUGAUAAAAGAUCACAGAGCAAAUCCCCAACAUGAAAAUGGAAUGGCAAGAUAUGAAAAUAGGGGAGGGACCGGCAGGGAGGGGAAUGGCUCCUCAUGACCUCCAGGCUGGGAGUAUCGGAGGAUUCCUUCGAAGGAGGCCAGGAGCUCCAGGGCAUCAUCCAGCAGCAGAGGGCUCCCUUUCCCUUGCGCAGUGGGAAAUCCAGUGGCAAGAGUUCCUCAGGACACUGGAAAACCCUCACUCUGGAUGGGGAAGCCCACACUUGCCAGCAAAACCUUCUCCCUGGGAUGAUGCCAAGGCCUUUCUGGCCUCCUUUGAGCAAGUGGCUGAAGCCUGUCAGUGGCCCCAGGAAGAGUGGGUGACCCGACUCCAGCCAGCCCUUAGUGGAGAAGCUGAGCAGGCCUUUAACAGGAUGGAUGUCAGAAACAGAGAGGAUUAUGGGAAGGUGAAAGCAGCCAUCUUGAGAGCAGAUGUGCUAAUCCGGGAGAAGCAGCGCCAGCAGUUCAGGCGUUUCUGCUACCAGGAGGCCGAGGGGCCACGGGGGGCUUACAGCCAACUCCAGGAAAUGUGCCGUGGGUGGCUAAGAGUGGAGAAGCAUAGCAAGGAGCAGAUCCUGGAGCUCUUGAUCCUGGAGCAGCUGCUGACUGUCCUGCCCCCGGAGAUCCGGAGCUGGGUGAGCGAAGGCGGCCCUGAGAGCUGCUCCCAGGCAGUGGCCCUGGCUGAAGAGUUCCUCUUACAGCAGGAGACGCAGGUGCCCUUGGAGGAGGCAUCUGGGAGGGGCUCCAAGGCAGGCCAGGAUCCGUCUGAGAUUGAGCAGAGGCAGCUCACGCUGGGGCUCAAGGAAGAAGAGGAUGGAGAAGCCAGCCCACUAGCAGGAGCUGUAGAAGAGACGGUUGAGGAAUUUCAGGGAUUCUCAUUGAAUAAGGGCAAGAACGAAGAGUCUAACGGAAACCUCAGGAUCCGAACUCAGCCACCAAGGCAGGAGGAAAGCCAUGCAGAGAAGAUGAGGGAUAAGCCCGUUCCUUGCCAAGGAGGGGAAUUCCAUGAAAUCCUAGUCCAAGCAGAAGGAUCUCCCCAAAAGAGAAGGAGAGAAGGGCAUGAAAAUGAAAGUAUGGCAUCUGGAACGACUUUCAUUCAGAGCAUGAAUGUUCUUUCCCAUCUAGACAUUCCCUCAGGAGAGAAACCAUAUAGUUGCUUAGAGUGUGGAAAAGGCUUCAGUUGGAGAUCAGCCCUUGCUUCACAUCAGAGGAUUCACUCAGCAGGGGAUCGUCAGGAGAACGAGGACGAUGAGGAUUGGCUUCAGUCAUCCCAAGAUAAAGCAAAGGAUGAUGAGCUGGAAGGAAACUUCAGGAAUCUAGGAGGACCCAAGAGGCCAGAGGGAAGCCACACAACAGAGAAGAGGGAUAAACAUAUUCCUUGCAAAAGAGAGGAUUUCUGUGAAGAAAGUCACAUGUUGGAGGAAACAUACAAGUGCUUGAAGUGUGGAAUGAACUUCUCAGAUCAAACGCGAUAUAAUAUUCAUUUGCGAAAGCACAAUGGAAAGAAGACCCAUAAAUGCUUGGAGUGUGGAAAGAGCUUCACUUGUAACAGAAAUCUUCAACGGCAUAAAAGAACCCACACAGGGGAGAAGCUUUUUGAAUGUUUAGAGUGUGGAAAGAGCUUCACCUGUAACCGAAAUCUUCAACAGCAUAAAAGAACCCACACUGGGGAAAAACCAUUUGAAUGCUCAGAGUGCAGAAAGAAAUUCAGUCAGAAUGAAAAUCUUCAUAAGCACUUAAGAACUCACACAGGGGAGAAACGUUUUGAAUGCUCAGAGUGUGGAAAGAAAUUCAGUCAGCGUUGCCAUCUUCAGCGACAUCAAAGAAUCCACACAGGGGAGAAACCUUUUGAAUGCUCAGUGUGUGGAAAGAAAUUCAACUGUAGUGGAGUUCUUCAGCGACAUCAAAGAAUCCACACAGGGGAGAAACCUUUUGAGUGCUCAGAGUGUGGAAAGAAAUUCAACUGUAGUGGAGAUCUUCAGCGACAUCAAAGAAUCCACACAGGGGAGAAACCUUUUGAGUGCUUAGAGUGUGGAAAGAAAUUCAGUCAAAAAUAUCACCUUUAUCAACAUCAGACAGUCCACAUGAGGAGAAACUACAUAGCUGCUCAGCUAGUGGGAUAAGCUCAUCUCAUAUUUCACAUGUUAAAAUCAACCACAGAUUCCAGUCGACCAUAUAAACAAACCAUGUAAACAAACCAUGCAGGGAUAAACAAACCAUAUAAACAAACCAUGCAGGGAUUUAAAUUGAAGGAUAGGGUCACCUUUGGGGGGGCCAUAACAUUACCUCCCAAAGAGCAAUCUUCCUGAAACUUGGGUGGUUAUGGGUGGAGGGUUAGAAGAGGAUCCUUAGCCACUUUUCUUCAUUUUGCUUGCAAAUGCCACCCCAGCCACCUAGAAACCCCCCUCGUUUUCUCCAUAAGGAAUAAUGGAGAUUGGAGGUGGAUAGGGGCCUUCUUUGGGGGGGCCUGUCACACACUCUCAGUCUAACCUGCCUCACAGGGUUGUUGUGAGGGGAAAUGGCAGAGAAUUAUGCAAGCUGUUUUGGAGCUCCAUUGGAGAGAAAGGGUGGGUAUAAAUGAAGUAAAAUCAAGACACAAGCCCAAUAACUGCCUUGCGAUAUAUGACAGACCCACUGGACCCCAAGGGAUUUACUUGUGAAUUUGCAGGCUCUGUGAAACAGUUGUGCUCUGUGGGCUAAUGCUGUCUCCUCUGUUUUCAACCCUGAAGUGACAUUAUUGGGGCUUCUGGAGCACGAGGCCAAGACCUUCCUUUGAUUUUGCCUUACAGCACUGGUAUUCUAGAGCCCAUCAUCCAGUGAAUGAAAAGGAUCCCUUUAAGAUUCCGCACUCAUUCAGGAAUAUGCAGAAGGUCUCCUUGAAUCAACACAGAAAAGCUUCAUUCAGCAGACAGCAGAAAAGGCCUAACAGUCCUUCACAACUCUUUUUCAGCCAGCUUACACGGUUGUAAGUGAAACCUGGGUUGGAGCUACUCCAGAUUCCAUUAUCUUGUAACUAACAUAAAACAUACAUGGAGCCCUGUGGCACAGAGUAGUAAGCUGCAGUACUGCAGCCCAAGCUCUGCUCAUGACCUGAGUUCAAUCCUGGCGAAAGCUGGGUUCAGAUAGCUCACUCAAGGUUGACUCAGCCUUCCAUUCUUCUGAGGUCGGUAAAAUGAGUACCCAGUUUCCUGGGAGUAAAGUGCAGAUGACUGGGGAAGGCAAUGGUAAACCACCCCAUAACAGAAGUCUGCCAAGAAAAUAUUGUGAUGUGAUGUCACCCCAUGGGUUAGUAAUGACUCGGUGCUUGCACAGGGGAUGACCUUUACCUUUAACAUAAAACAUGAAACAGAUACUUGUACAAUACAAUCCUCCUCACUGUUCGGCAUACACAUCUAUAUACAUAAAUAGACCACAGAACAGCCAGUGAGGACUCGCGGUGAAAGGAAAUCCUAUUGUCUCCUCUGCUAGCCCCUGCUUCCCCUCCUCUUGCUCUGGCUUCUACCUUCCCUUCACUCCUCUCUGCCUCUGUUUCCCCCCUGCCAUGCUCAUUGUUUCAAUCACCCAUUCUUAUUUGCUUGUUCUCCACUCAACCACCAUUUUGAUUUUUCAUUCCAACCUGCACUAGGGUUGCCAGGUCCCAACAAUGAACUUUACAUAACCUUGGAGUCUUCAUCUUUGGAUUUGGAUAACCUUGUUUGGAAUAAUAUUUUGUUUAUUGUAAGCUUUGGAAUCAAGCGUUUUCAUCAUAAGUUGCAAUGAUGGUUUUCUGGUAUUGUGACAUGGCUCUUUAAGUGUUGUAUGGAUUAAUGCUUGUUUAAGAUAUACAAAUUAUUUAACUGUUUGUACGUAUUUCAUAAACUGUCCAUACUUUUUGAUAGAACUUUUCAUUGUUUAGUUUUUCAUGGUGGAUAGAAGUAUCCUUGCGUGUUUAGUCACUUGCCGUGAUUCUUUUUCUUCGUGGUUUAGCAAGAGUGGCAGCAAAAGCAUUGAAUCAGAGUCCCGUAAUAAAUUAGCACAUUGGCUUUCCUCAGUGUAAGUUGUGCAAGGAGGAGUAGCCAAUAUUCUUGGUACAGCAUAGUGGUAAAGUCAGAAUGUCUGGAUUCUUCUGUCUGGAGGCCACACAAAUAUUACUCCCAGAGGCCACCAUCUUCAUGGUACUCACAAAUCUAUCACCUCCAUCAUCGUGGGGAACAAUGAGACUAACCCAAGUCCAGCUGAAACGGAGGAGCAACUUGACUAUCCCCAUGUACUGUGGCACUUCCUAUGGGCUCAUCUGGCAGGAAGAAGGGAACUGGGUUUUAUCACUUAGAACGUGGUUGACAAAACCGUGAGGUAGUUUUUUAAAGAGGGAUUGAUUUUUAGUGUUGGAAAUAAUGUCUAGGCAUUGAAAGUGUAAAACUUUACACUUUAUUUGUUUUAUACCCUGGCUUUCUCCCCAAAGAGACUCAGAGGCUUAUACCAUUCUCUUCUCCUCCAGUUAAUCCUCACAACAAUCCUGUGAGGUAGGUU